CUUAGACAUCAAAUGUUUGUUUCUUCCAGGAGGAUUAUUUAGGAAAUAUUUCUGACUGCGCUUAGAACUCAAAUACUAAGCAGAUCAACAUAUUCAAAUCUAAUAUUCAAGGACAGCAAGAUGCCAUUACCAGAGCAAAUAGACUCGGCAGCUCAGCAAUACUGUUUAAGAUGGAAGUAUCAUCAUUCUAAUUUGCAAGUUAUGUUUGCUCAGUUGCUUGAAAGAGAAAGUUUUUGUGAUGUAACUCUAGCAUGUGAAGGAAGGACACUUCGUGCUCACAAGAUUAUGUUGUCAGCAUGUAGUACAUACUUUGAUUCGAUAUUUUCUAAACAUGAAGAAAAAGAUCCUAUUGUUAUUUUGAAAGAUGUAAAGUUUGAUGACAUCAAGGCUUUAGUUGAAUUUAUGUACAAAGGUGAAAUUAAUGUAGAAAAUUCACAAUUAAACACACUAUUACAGACAGCUGAAGAACUUAGGAUUAAGGGUUUAGCUGCUGUGUCAUGGAGGUCUGAAGAAGGUUCUUGGCGGAGUGUUGAAACUCAUCAUGCUGCUCAAACGGGACAACAUAAAGUUUAUAGUGCUUAUCAGCAACCCAGUGGAAGAAAGAGAAAAAGGAGACCAGAUUUUAAUGAGAUUUAUAGCCCAAAAGUAUCUUGUAUUUCUAACCCUGCAACUUCAACAGAUGAUUUUCCAUCAGAAAGUGAUGAAGACAGCCAAGAUGGUAUGUGGGAUACUAGAUCACAUGAAGACGUUUAUUCUGAACCUGAGGAUGUGAAACCACAAAUAACUAACAAUAAUGCUACCAAUAUGUGUGUUCCCACUGUUAUUGAAGGAGAAGGAACUGCCAAUCCAGAGACAUCUACAGAGCACCAUGAUGUGUCUACAGCUGCUGCUUCUGCAGCCAGGAUUUCUACUGGUGCUCCUUCCCAUACCAAAACAGAUUUAAUGGAUGUAAUUAAAAUGACUGCAUAUAUCCAGCAAGGAGGUAGGAGACCACAUUUUUGGGAAACAUCAUCAACUAAGAGAGUGAUGGAAGCGAUAAAAAAUAAAGAGAUUGAAAUGAAAGUAGCUGCAGAACUAUUAGGAGUUUCAUAUGGAACAUUAUAUGGGAGAUACAGGGAUGCCUAUGGUUGCUUGAAACAUCCUUAUAGGGUCCGUGAAUUUUGGCAUGAGCCCCCAUCCGUUGAGGUAAUCAGUAGACUACAACGUAAGGAACUAUCAUUAUUUAAAGCAGCUGAAAUGUUGAAUGUGACUGUUACCACAUUGGCUAAUUACCUUGCUGCUUUAAACAAAGAAGACGUUGAAGAUGAUGAUGAAGAAACAGUGGAUAGUGUAGCUUGUGCUCAGCAAGCUCUUAGUAAGAACCCUGACAUAACAAUUGUAAAAAAAGAAAAGCCGGAUGAUGCGUCAACUAGUUUGAAUGGAAAUAAUUAGUGAUUUAUUGUUGAAAAUGUUAACUAAUAGUGUGGAAACUGUUUUUUUAUUUAUAUAUACAUAUGUAUGUGUGUAUAAAUACAUAUAUA